CCCAACGGAUCUCUCUGGGCUCUCUCUCUCUCUCUCUCUCUCUCUCUCUCGUAUAAAUCCGCAGCCUCUUUUUCUCUCACUCUCUCUAUUUCCAAACAGGACAGAGAUGGGAAAUACCCUGUUCCUUUGCAACUAACUCUCUUGCUUCUCUCUCUCUCUCUCUCUCGCACUUCCACUCGCAAAUCGCCAUGGACACCAUUUCUAGAUCCCGCCAAGCCAUCGAACCCCGAUCGGGUGGAAAAAUUGUCCGAGCCAGGCGAACCGCCGCUGCAAGAACUCCGUACGACAGGCCCAGACGCCACAAUCCGCCUCCUGAAAACCCUAAUUGGCUCUCCAGGCUUAUAUUUUCUCCUACUCGAAUGAUUACUAGUGGUGCUGGGAAGCUUAUGUCCUCUGUGUUCUCCGCUGAUUCUUCUUCCGGUUCUUCUUCUUCUUCUUCUUCUUCUUCUUCGAGUGGUGAUUCCGAUUCAGAGGAUAAUACUGAUGACAACUGUAACAAUAAGGAGAUCUCAACUCAAGGCACUAUCAAUUGCUUUCAGAAGGACGCCCAACCAACUGUAGAGAAGAGUGAAACCAAGCGUCUAAUUGAGCAGCUGGUUAUGCAGGAGACGUUCACAAGGGAAGAAUACAUUAAGUUAACAAAGAUUAUUGAAGCAAGAGUUGUAGAUUAUUGCACCACUGAAGAUGUGGAGAAUCAAAGGCUAAUUGAGACGCCUAAAAAAACCAUUGGAGAUAACGCUAUUCUUUGCAGUACAGCCGUUAUGGAGGCUAGAAAAUGGUUAACGCAGAAGAAAUUAGGUUCAGCUUCAAAAUCAGAUAUAAAUCAUGUAACUGAAGAUGAAGGGAGUUCGCCGGUGGAUAUGGCUAAAUUGUACAUGAAGGCACGCCCUUUGUGGGCAUCUCCUUCAUUUAAGCAAGAAGAACUCAAAUCACCAUCGUCAAUAAAUGCUCAGCUUUUCGUUGAAGAAACACCAGGUUCACUUGGUGGUAAUGUUGUGUCCUCAUCUAAGCUAAAAAAGGACACCCCAUCCAUUGGGUCUUGGAAUAUCCAGGAGGAGAUACAAAGAGUGAGAUCUAAGGCAACAGAAGAGAUGCUAAGGACUUUACCUUCUAAAAGAAUUGAUUGGUCUGGCCUUGGUUUAGAAAAUGAAGGUAGCCCAAAUGCUUUUAUGUCUGGAGACAGAGAGGCUAAUAUGGGAAAUAAGAUGCACAAUUCUUUAGAAUCUAUAAAUGCAUCAUUGGCCACAGGAAAAUCUACUUCUCAUGGAUUCAAAGUUUUGGAGAUGACACAAGAUGGGUUGCAAAUUGAAGCCUCAUCCCCCGAUCAAAUCCAUACGGAUCCCGAGCAAAAUCAGGAUUUGGAAGCCAUUCAGACAAAGACAGUUGAUGGAAAAGUUUCAGAUGAUUGCCUGGUAGAUACACUAAACACUCAACAAACGGUGAAGUUAUCUCAGGAUGCAAAGAAUUUACCUCUCAGCGAUGCUGCUGCUGCUGCUGGAGUUCAUGGCCACAAGGACACUAGUGCCGAUGACAAGCACCUAAGCCACAUGGUGGAAGGAAACUUAGAAGAGCCAAGAUCACAGGAGGAAAAUUGUUCAACAUCAAAAGAAGCUGCGGGAACAAGAAGUCAUUACAAGACAAAUGGUUUCCCACCACCAAGUUUGUCCGCAGAGGGGUUUACAGAACAAAAUGUUAUUUUAGAAGAUGAGGGGCACAAUGCCGUAAGUUCAAGUUUUGACAAGAUAGUAACUGAUGUGUUUGUGGAUCAAACCUGUGAGAUUUUGAGUGAAACUUCUAUGGAGAUCCCGAACAAUGUAAAUGAUAGCAUGAAUGAGAAUGAUAGUGCCGUUGAUGGCUCUCAAGGCAGUCUGGGCAUAUACAAUGAGUCAUCACCGAGCCAAACUCGGUCAAGCUCGAAACGCAGACCGGCAGCAAAUACUGGUGUUGAGAUUCAACAGCGGGGAAAGAGACUGACAAGAUACAACAGGAGAGGCAGGGGACGUGAUAAAUGACCUAGUGUUGGCUUUUUUUUUUUUUUCUGUAUAAUGUACUGUAGUGUUAACCACCCUAGAGAGUUACUGAAGGGAAUUUCUACGUAUUGACACAAUGACACUGCCUGCUUAAGGAGACCAAUUGUUUUUAUUUUUAUUUAUUUUUACUUAUGUAAUGUAUUUUUUUGUUAAAAAAAGAAAUUGCAUUAUGUAAACUUUCUACUGGAAAUAUAAGACUUAUUUAUUUUAGCA